AACAAAAAAAAAAAUAAUAAUAAUUUUACAAUAAUAGUAUAAAUAUUUUAUUUUAAUUUUCUAGCGAAAAUCUCUCUAAGGGGGAAAGUGUAACGAGCGACUAUAAUCCUCGCUCGAAUCAUUUCGAUGUAUCGAAUGAGCGAUACAUCGAUGUGAUUAAUUAAGAUUUAAAUAAUUUAAUUGAGGAUUAAUUAUAAAACAUCUUAAAACACUUAAUAUUUUCUCACGAUAAAUAUAAUAGAGUCUUUCACAUAAAAGAAAAUAGCAUGACUAAUUCUAAAGUAUUUCCGUCAACUAUUAAGUUUAUUCCAAUAUCGUAUUUCUUUUAGCAACACAAAAUACUAAAAGAGAAAUGUCGUAAAUCAGUCCAAGAAAAUAAGAGAAAAUAUAUUCUCAUAUUUUCUCUCAUUUUCAAAUUUUAAAUGUAAACCUAGAACGUCAUAAAAACCACUUGAAAAAAUGUGAUCCUUUCUAUAAAAAAAAGGGACACUAAACACAUGUUGACCAGACACGGACUUUUAUUACCUUCAAUAGAAAAGUCGCGUACGGGCUAAACAAUGAACGAAAGUUUACAACGGAAAUGCUUUGUAUAAGAAAUGCUUUAUUUAAUAAUAAAUAAUUAAAUAAUUAUUUAUGUACAUGUUUCAGUAUAUUUACACAUUUGUAUUUAAGCGUUAUUAAUAUUGUUAAUUAAUUAAUAAUUGAUUAUCAGAAUAUUAUAAUUUAAUAUUAUUAUAAUUAUAUCAUAAUUAAUAUUGUUAUAAUUAUAUUAUAAUAAUAUAAUUAUGGAUUAACCAUAUAAUGUUGUGAUGAUUAAUGUUUAUUAUAUUUUAAUAAAUAGUAUGUUGUAUGAUGGGAGAGAUUGUGUAUAAUCUCUCUUAUGUAUGUGUGAACAUAUAAGUAACACUAAGGAACGAUGUGAUAAGUGUUAGUGAAGUGAUACACGUAUAGGAGUAGCGAAUACGCUCCAUAGUGAAGCAUGCGCACAAACUCAAAAUGGACCAAAAGCGGAGAGCGACUCCGCUGGACCAAAAACUCUCUAAGUUAGUUCUAAUCUUGACUCUGGCUUGAAAGGUUGUUUUCUAAACUCCUUAGUCAGCUUUGUAUUUUAUCAUAUUAAUAAAUUACAGGGUUUUACCUUCGAAGGAAGAACUAAUAAUUAUUCUUCCUUUGAACGGGUUUCCCUUCCGUUGUAUCGGAAUUUAAUAAUCUUUCAUUUAAACCUUCCCGCUUCCUUCUUAAAGGAUUUAACUAAAGAGAAUCCAGCCAAUCAUAUUACAUUUUUAGAGUUGCGUAAUAAAAGGUAACUCGGCUCGUAACACUGUCAUGCAAAAGACGACGCAAUAUAAUAUUGUCAAAAAUUCAAAUAUGAUUAAAAUAAUUUUAGUGAUUUUAAUUUUAUAACAAAAGAAAAAGUUUAUAUUAUAUUUUUUUUAAUAGUUUAUUCUAUGUUGUCAUAAAAUUAUCUGUAACUGAUAAGAAAAUUUCUUUUAUAUAUGUAUAUAUAUAUAUAUUCAUGUUUUAUAUAAUUUUUAAUCUUUAGUGUUGAUAUCACAUACAGUUCAUUAUUAUUUUUUUUUUUAUCGAAGAUGACAUUAAAUUAUUAAAGUAAAAACUGCAAGGAAUUAUGGGAAAUACGGAAAAUUCAAUGAUUGUUGAAGAUUUAAGUCCUAUUGAAAAUCUACCUGAUGAUUGUUUACGAAUAAUUUUUCAAUAUCUUCCAAUUUUCGACAAGGUCAACAUUGAAAGUGUUAGUAAAAGAUGGCAAAGGCUUAGUCGAGAAUCAUGGUAUUUAUUCAAGAGUCUUGAUUUGUCAUUAACAAGCUGGGGUGGAACAAAUAAAAAACAAAUUGAUAAUGAUAUACUUACAAAAGUUCUUAGUCGUUGUAGUCAAUAUAUAACAGUGGUUAAUUUUACAAAAAAAAGUUUCCCACCAUUUAAAAGAAUAUCAUUUCCAAAUUUUAAUUCAACGACAAUAAUAAUAAUUUGUAGUUCAUGUCCAAAUAUUUAUUCAUUGAAUAUUGCUGAUUUAUCAAUAUCAUGGGACAGUGGAAAUCUCAGUCGUAUGAUGAGAUUUAUGUUUUUAAAUGCAUGCGAACGACGAUUACUUUGUGAUGAAGAAAAUCAACGUGAAUGCGAAAGAACAUUUUGUCUUUGUAGAUUAGAAAAUUCAAUUAGAAUGCCAAUAAAAACAAAACAAAAAGAAGAGCAUAUAUUUUUAGAAUCAUUAAUUGAUUGUUGUCAAAAUUUAAAAGAAUUUGGAAUGAGAAUGUUUUUUUAUGAUGAGACAUUCUUGUGGGUUAAAUUAUUGAAAACAAUGACAAAUAUUAAACAAUUGAGUCUCACUGAAUUUCCCGGAACAUUAUUUACAUAUUUAUCAUUUGAUACAAUUGAAGAAUUAUUUUUAGAAGGAAAUGAUGGAAUUUUUCCUGCGCAUCUUAGUAAUGUAAUUACAAGAUUUAAGAAAUUGAAAACUCUUGUUUUAAAUACUUGUCGAUUUAUCAAUGACAAAGGAAUGAGAAAUUUAUUGAGUCAAACUGAAACUUUAGAAAAUUUAGGAUUGAUACGUGAUUCAAAUUUUCUCUCAAUGGAAGGUGUUAAUUACAUUCCACGUUUUACUUAUUUACGAAAAUUAAAUGUGUGUGGAAAUAAUUUAAUUGAUGAUUAUAUUCUUGAAGCGUUGGCUGUGAAUUGUGAACAACUUAUUUAUUUGAAUAUAUCAAAUUGCAAAAAAGUAACGGAUAAUGGAGUACUGAGUAUUUCAACAUUACCUGAUUUGCAAUUUUUAAUAAUUUCACGAUCACUUAAUAUUACUGACAAAUAUCUUGGAAGUAUUCAUAAUUUAAAAGUUUUGGACUGUCAUCAUUGUCCAUUAAUAAGAGAUGAAGGACUUUGUAUUUUAAUAGAACGUUCACCAGAUUUACGUUUAUUAAUUCUCGAAGGCUGUUGUUUAAUAACUGAAAAUGUUUUCGAUACUGCUGUCGAAGUUGUUGAAUCGGGUUUUAGAAAAAUUAUCCUCAACAUAAGUAUGAGUAGUCAUGUUGAUUUUGAUGUUAAAAAAUUUAAUAACGCCACACCAUUAUUGCGUAUUGUUAAAGAAAUCAAAUAUCAAGAUUCAUGUCGUAUGGAUUUUAAAAAUGAAUAUUUCCCCGUCAAUGAUGAUAAUUAUAUUUUUUGCGAAUUCACCGCUGAUGAUGAUUAAAAAAUUAUGCACAAAAAUAAUCAAUAUUAGAAAUUAAAUUGUAAGGAAAAUUUAUUUCAAAAAAUGUUUUACGAAAAAAAAGAA